CAGCCUGCAUCACAGCAGAGAAAUACACAGCAGCAUGUUUCCCUAGUAAAACAGCACACAGUUAACCCUUUGAUCGCCCCAGAUGGUAAUCCCUUCCUACCCAGAGUCAUUAGUACAGUCCAGGGGCGGACUGACAACUCAUGGGGCCCCCGGGCAAUAGGGGAUCAUGGGGCCCUAUGUCCUCGCCCACACUCAAACCACACCCAAAAAAGCCUAUGAAAGGUACCAGGGACAUCUCAUGAGGCCCCCUACUGACCCCGGGCCCUCAGGCAGUGCCCGAGUUUCCCAAUGGUCAGUCUGCCCCUGCU